CCCGUUUCUGCCCUCCACUUCUAUUGCAAACGGUUGACGCAUAAUUAUCUUUCGUGAUGGCUGACUCCAUGCCAACACCAUGGAUCUGUUCUUAUCUCGUUGGUAUCGCUGAAACACAUGGAGGUGACCUCAUGCAAGUUCCCCGAUUUCCGAAAGGGAAAAAGGCCCAAAUCCUCGAGUUCUUGACGUUUCAGGAUGACGAUUGGGUGUGGGCCUGUGUUUCCGACAAGGAUACCAAACUACCAGCCAAAUUCUCGAAGGAGGCGGUCAUGGAUUAUCGCAGGCGUAUGGGUGGGCGCAGAUUUACUGAGAACAAAUUUGCCGUCGUGACGAUCAAGGAAUUCCGUCCAUUCUUUGCCCGUGUGCCCGUAGGAAACAACCGUCCAAAGAUGACCGACACUGCGCGUUUGUUUCUCAGUAUAGACUCUGUGACGGUAUUCGCGACACCAGAACACAAGCUUGGCUCUCCUGUCGAAGCGGACACCAACGAAGACCUGAAAGUGUGGGCCGAAGGAAUGUGUAAAGACGGGGGAGAAGGAAAUGUUCUGAAGAUACGGAAACAAGAGCGCGACCAGGCUGCAAACGCUGCUCCAUCCAAAGAUGUGACCGUUGUGCCGCGGCCAGCACCAGCUGCUCUAACGAGGGCUAACUCAACGUCAUCCUCAAAACCAAACGAUAGGGAAAGGAAGAACGAUAUUCGUCGAUCUGGAAAGAGUAAGGUCCAUGAGUGGCAGCUCGAGCUUGAGCGCGAGUUUCAUAAGGUAUUCAUGGGGAUGGAAGACUGGAAUUAUCGGAUGAUUCCCAAUUCUUACUGCCUAUCUUGCAAUAGCCCUUCUCAGAAGAAACAAACCACGCCCGCACCCUCCGAGUGGCCUGCAUCUAAUCCACCUAGCCCUUCCUGUGACGUCGAAAUGUCAAGUCAAAGCCGAGAGCAGGAUCGCGGGCUCGGUGAAGGGUCUGCGCUAACCUCUUAUCUCUCCCUGCCAACGCCUGCUCAGCGCGCUCGAGCCAAGUCUACUCCACCUCGAGACGUUGAAAUGCUCACAGCCGAUCCUCCGACUUCAUCCCUUCCGUUCUCCUUGAAUAUUUCGUCACCAAUCUUCCCUCACUUACCACAACCACUCCCCAGGGUCAUCAAUCGAAACGUCGCGCCCCCUGCACAAGCUAGGACGUCUCGUCCCACGGGGAAGGUGCUCGUCCCAAACUCAGAUACUUCGGGCACUCAGCCUUCGCAGCACUCUCAGAGUUCGCAUAAGCCGCAAGCGGUCGAGGGACAAAUCAACGAACCGCAACCGAUUAAGAGCGAGAUGUUGCCUCCCUCAUCUCUGUGGAACGUUGAGCUCCCGAUGGCCGCAUCCUCACAACCACUAUCACCCAGUCGCUAUCAACCUUCGUCUCAGCCCUCACAGCAAAAUCCCACGCGAGGGGUGGCAUCAUCGGCGCCGCACGGUUCGCAGCCGCUCCUCGCUCCUGCGGGCGACGGUCCUAUACUGUCUCCAGCAUGGUCCCAAGUCGUGGACUUGGACGAAGACGAUGACGAGGAUGCGCCAGUGGGCGACCUACAAUCUAAUCACCAAGCUCAGCUAACUGAGGACGCGCCAGAAUCACAAGUCGAGACGUCCCACCUUAUCGAAGAACAAGAGCUCCAUCGAAGGGACAGUGACGACGACGCUAGUAACUUAUCAGAGGACGACCAGGCCGUUGAUGACAUGCUCAACAGCGACUCUCGAGCCCAGUCCCCGCAGGACGCCAGCAUGGCUUCUGCGUCCGUGCGCUCCCUGUCCUCUGAGCCCUCUAAUUCUCCACGCCAUUUAGCUUCGACGUCGAUGCACUCCCUGUUCUCGGCUCGCUCUGAGUCGCAGACCGGUCCUUCGCAGAGUACAGCUCUGACGCCAUUGCAUUCCUUGUUCUCCAGUGGUUCCGGUCCCAGCCCGAGCCCUAGCCCUAGCGCAGAUCCGGAGUCUCCGUUGGCUGGCAAGUCGUCGAGGCGGCAGAGCGAGGAUGUGGCUACGCAUGACCCGGUAUCUUGGAGCGAGCCGAGCUUCAUGAGGGAUAGGAAGGGGAAGGGGAAGGCUGUUGUCGAUGAUGUCGCCUCUGAGGAGACUCGAUCCGGAUCGUCCGGAUCGAAGGACAAGAAGGGCAAGAUGAAGGUUGUUGCUAAAGAUACGACCCCGACCGAGGCCCAUUCGGACACGACCAUAGUGAAGAAGGCCAAGACGAGAACCAUGGCUGACGAACUAAUGCGACAAGAGGAUCGCAUCGAUUCGAAGAAACGUCCAAGAUCAUCUGUCGGGGCUCCGUCCCCUCACAAGCGAUCGAAGUACGCGCCAGACGAAGCUAUCCCGUCACAGCAGCGCAUCACAUUGCAACCAGAUGCCGAUGCAGACCGCCAACACCGCCCUUCUGCUUCUCUUCAACGCGAAUCCGAAGCCACUGGGUCUCAAGAGGCCUCCCAGCUCGACGCGAGCCAAGCAUCAACGUCGUCAAGGUCAGGCCGACGUAGGCGGCUAGGCGGCUUCGUCGUAGACUUCGACAACAUCCCCGCAACACCGGGUGUACCGGAGAUGCGGACGACGUGGGCGGAGCUCGAGCGCAUUCUACUGCGCACAGGCAUUAUACGGACGCAGGGCGAGGAUGCGAAUAUACCCGAUUUGUUGUGAGGUUUUCUUGUUUACUGGGACCUCACAUCCGAGAUUAUCAGUGCGUUGUUCGUGUUUGUGCGUCUUGAGGGGCGUGUUAUGCUUGAUCUUGUGGGCUGUGGCCGGAUGCGUUGUCAAUCCGCCUUAGUUUACGUCUCCGCAGCGGUAGUUCUUACGCAGAGUCGGGACAUGCAGCUUUGGUUGCGGUACUUUGUUUUAGUAUAGCUGGUGAUGUGUACACGAGCUU